AUGAAACUUACAUCUGAUUCAAGUGUCCCCUCAGAAUACUACGAUGAGAAUUUUGUACCCGGCACAACUAAUAUCCUUACUGGGAAUCAGCAAGAUGACAACUCAAUUUCUUCUAAUAAAUCACUCAAACGAGACAAAAACGGACUAGUCUUGCUCCCACAACCGUCUGACUCCAUCAAUGAUCCACUCAAUUGGUCUAAACCGCGCAAGAUUUGGCAUUUGACUUUAUUGGCAUUCAUUACUGCCUUGACAGCAGCCACUUCGAACGACGCUGGAGCAGCACAGGACUCGUUGAAUGAAACUUAUGGGAUUUCAUAUGAUGCCAUGAACACCGGUGCUGGUGUCUUGUUUAUAUUCAUUGGAUGGUCAUGUAUAUUUUUCGCUCCUGCUUCUUCGUUAUAUGGAAGGAGAAUCACUUAUUUAAUAUGUUUACUAUUCGGUACUUUGGGAUGCAUGUGGUUUGGGUUUAGUAGGAAAACAGCCGAUACGAUAUGGUCACAGAUGUUUGUUGGUAUUAGUGAAUCCUGUGCUGAGGCUCAGGUGCAACAAAGUCUUAGUGACAUUUUUUUCCAAAAUAACUUGGGUAGUGUGUUGACAUUGUACAUUUUGGCAACGUCGGUGGGGUCGUUUUUGGGUCCGUUGAUUGCCGAAUUGAUCGCCGAACUGAUGACAUUUCGUUGGGUUGGUUGGUGGGGUGCCAUCAUUUGUGGUGCCACUCUUGUGGUGUUGUUUUUUACCUGUGAAGAAACUGUUUAUGAUCGUCAAUUGAAGAUUUAUGAAGCUGCUCGGAUUGAGAAUGGUGAAAAUGGCGGGUCGUUCGAGGAAGAUGACAAACGAGACCACCACGAUGAAAUCAAGGAUCGUGGCGUAAUCACCACGUCCAAUGAUUUCACAAACUCAGAAAACAAGAAUGAUCUUGAUGCACUAGUUAAUGUACAAUCUCCAAGUAGCUCUGCUAACGGCCACACCAACUACGACAUUGAAACCAAUGAUGAAAAACCAACUCCAUAUUUGAAAAGAAUUGCUCUAAUUACACCAGCCCCAUAUUUACAGGGCUUUGGAUUCAAACAAUACCUCAACCGGUUUGUCAUUUACUUUAAAGUGUUUACAUUGCCCGCAGUUUGGUUAUCGGGACUCCUUUGGGGUUUACAAGACGCCUACAUGACAUUUUUCUUGACGACACAAGAUACAUUUUUCUACGAUCCACCAUGGAACAAAAGCAACACUGGUGUUGCAAUUAUGAAUGUCGCCACGUUGAUUGGUGCCGUGAUUGGAUGUAUCAUGUCGGGGAUCUUUUCCGAUAAGCAUGUCGUUUGGAUAGCAAAGAGAAAUAACGGUGUGAUGGAGCCCGAGUACCGUUUGUAUUUGCUCUUUAUCACAUUGAUUAUUUCACCAGCGGGGCUCAUUAUGUUUGGAGUGGGUGCUGAUAGACAAUGGCCGUGGCAAUGCAUUUAUGUUGGGUUGGGCUUUAUUGGGUUUGGAUGGGGUUCAAUCGGUGAUACCGCGAUGUCGUAUUUGAUGGAUGCAUACCCAGAAAUUGUCAUUCAAGGAAUGGUGGGGGUUUCGAUUAUAAACAAUACAUUGGCUUGUAUUUUCACAUUUGCCUGUUCGUAUUGGUUGGAUGGCUCGGGUACUGCCAAUACUUAUAUUGCUUUGGCGGUGAUUGAUUUUGCCACCAUUGCUUGUAUUAUCCCAUUCUUGUAUUUUGGAAAGACAUUCAGAAAAAAGACAAAGAGUAUUUACAUUGGCAUGGUUGCGUUGACUCAAGGCAUGGGAUAA